GAACUCCUCAAUGUUCAACCCGAAAGGCGUGGAGACAACCUACGGUGCUUCUUCGACACCUUUAACCAACAAGACCCACCUACCCCGUUUUCGGCCCGUAACUACGACCACGCGGCAGACGAGUUUAUGAGACUUGGCCGUAACUCUCGGCCUCGCCCGGUCACUGAUAUCAAUGGUGUGGUACGUAAGCUUCAUGACC